AUGGAAUAUUAGCUUUAUCAGGCUCCAUAGACUUAAGAAAUCUUAUCCGUUCCAAUAACACUUAUUGAUGGUACCUCUUCUAUGAAUAGAGAAUACAAAUAUAUCAUAUAAACUUACGAAUAAGAAUUUGGAGAUUUGUAGGAAAAUCAAAGAAGACAAUUCUAAUGGUCAUAUGAUUUACACGAUAUUUAUCCAUACUUAAACGAAACACGAGGAAAUUUAACUACUGUAAUGGCUUAAUUAUUUAAAUUUAUGCUUUCAACUACUUAAUUUCCUUUUCAAUAUGUGACAAUCAUUUUAGUUUCAGAUGGAAGAGAAUAAUUUGAUAUCAAUGCUAUCAUGGAAUUAUGUCAAUUAAUAAAAUCUCGUUAUUCUGUAUAAUUUCUAUGUAUUUCAAUUGGUAAUUAAUUUCCCAAAAAUAUCAUUCAAAGCUUAAAGUAAAAUAUUGAAAAUUAAGAUUAUACUUAUAAUCCAUUAUAUUAAAUUACACGUUCUGAUCAUCAAAGUUAUCUUCAAAUUUAAUAAGAGUUAAAAUUAGCUUUUUAAUAUAUUAGAAAAUUAUUAGCAAUAACACCUUAAUAUCACUAAUUAUGUUUUGAUAUUUAUACAUCGAUUUCCACAAAAUAAUCUUAAAAAUAUGUUGCAUCAAAUGAAUUAUUUUUAGCAUAGGCAGAUUAAAAAAUUAUUAUACAAAAUUAAUAAUUAGUAAAAUGCGAUGAUCCUAAUUUAAUUUUAUAAUUUUUCAGAAAAUCUAUAGAAAAUACUUUUCAAAGAUAUGAGUUACUUUAAAUUAAUGAAAUCAUUGAUGAAUUUAAAUCCACUUUUACAUUAUUGCAUAAACUCAAUAUAGGGAUUACAUAAAGUGAAGAAAAUUCUCAAUAAUUAGAACUAAUUCAAUUAAUUUUGAAAGUUCUUGAAAAAAUAGCUACAUCAAGCCCCUAAGAUGAAGCUUUAUAUUAAUAUAUUUAAUAAUUCAAAAUUAGAAUUAACAGCGAAAAUCCAGAAAAUAUUUAGGAAUUACUUGAAUAGCCUAAAAGUGAUAAUUUAGAGGAUUAAAUAAACAAAUUGUAAUUACAAAUUUAGAGGAGUUUUGAAAAUUUGUUUAAUUUGAAUUCUCAAAACAAACAGAAAAUUUCUUUUGAUUGUUUUGAGGAAUUUAGAAAAAUAUUUACUAAUUGUAUAAAAAAAUUUUGUGAAUUAUUUGAAAAUUUCUAAGAAUAAAAGAUGACAGAAAUUUAAGUGCUGAUGACAUCUUUUAUUACUUAUACAGAAGCUUUUUUUUCCUCAGAAAUUUUCAAUAUAUCAACAAUUGAGCAAUUUUAAUUCCUGAUUAACGUUAAUGAAUAGUUUUAAAUUCUAAACUCAUUAAAAACUGAAAUCAAUAUUAUUAAAUUCAAGAAUAUAAUGGAAAAUUUUAAGAAAAUGGAUUUUGAAAUUAAUCAUUAAAUUGAUCCUUAUAUUUAAUUAAAUUAACUUCCUUAAAAUAAUAAAAAGAAUGAUGAAAUAUUGUCUGAAAAAUUUCUUAUUUUUUUAAUCGAUAAGAAUGAAACUUUAAAGACAUACAGUGAUUCCUUGUUAAAAUGUUAUUUAGAAAUAUUUUCAAAGGUCCCCCCAAAAAAGCGAUUAGAAAUCAAUUGGCAUAAUAACCCAACAAACAAUUUCAAGAUUAUAAGCAAUUAGGAAUUUGAAAAAUUACAAUAUGAAUCUUUUAAAGAAUUACUAGAUUUUUUGUAGGACAAACUCAAAUUAAAAAAUAAACUCAUUCAUCUAAUCAUUUUGACUGAUAGUGAAUAAUAUUAUGAAAAAUUACAUCUUUAAAUUAGGUUUGCCUAAAUGUCUCAAUAUAGUUUUAAAAUCAUUUACAUAUCAAUUGGAAUAAAAAUUCAAACUUAUUUAGAAAAUUAUAUGUUCAAAAUCAGAUAAUCUUUAAAAAAUAAUUAUUAACUCAUCAAAAACAUUCCAAAAUAAUUGAUUACUUAAGAUCAAAAACCUAUUGGUGAAGAAUAGUCAAAAUAAAUCAGAAAAAAUCAUAUUAGAAUUAUACAAGAAAUAGCAACCCAUAUAGAUGCGGCAAACUUUUGA